AUGCAGUUUGCAAUCUGGCUGGUUGGACUAAUGUGUCAUCUGUCAGCACUUGUCCGGGACUCCUUUGAAUACCGAUUGCAUCCGAAACAAGAAACCUUCAUCAAGCAGCUGUCAUCCUAUGAAAUCAUCAACCCGCUCCGUGUAAAUGAUUUCGGAGAAUCAUUCCCCCACACGUUGCACUACAAAAGGAGACGGAGAAGUUUAAAUGAUGACCUGUCGGGAUUACGGGCUCACUACAGAAUUGAUGCAUUUGGGGAACGCUUUCAUCUCAAUCUGACCGCAGACUCCGGCUUCAUCGCCCCCUCAUACACAGUGACACACUUGGGAGCGGAGCACAGUAAUGACUCCCAGCACCAAGACCCCAGCGAUAUGCGCCACUGCUUUUUCCGCGGACGCGUCAACUCCAAGGACGAGUACCCUGCCGUCUUCAGUUUGUGUACUGGCCUUAUCGGAACUUUUACAACUCAACAUGGCGAAUACUUCUUGGAGCCUCUGAUGAAUGCUGCGGGGGAGGAGUUCGAUGAAGAGCACAACAAACCUCAUCUUGUCUACAGACAUGAGAGAAAGAGGAACAUCUCCCACAGCAAUGCCAACACAGAGCCCUGUGCUGCCUCAGAUGACUUCAAGAAGCCAGUCGCUUUUGAGAGCAGCAAGGGUAUGGGAGAGGAGCUGGACUCUCUCAGAGCCACAAUAGAUGAUUACCACACCGACCACCACACACACACCAACUCCACCGCUGGUGCACACCCAGGAUCCCCAAGCAGGCGAAAACGUUUCCUCUCCUACCCCCGCUAUGUUGAGCUGAUGGUGACAGCUGAUGCCAAAAUGGUGCGUCACCACGGACGCAACCUAGAGCACUACAUCCUAACAAUCAUGUCAGUAGUAGCAGCAGUGUACAGGGACCCCAGCGUAGGCAACCUCAUCAACAUCAUGAUUGUCAAGCUAGUCAUUGUCCACAAUGAACAGGAAGGGCCCACUGUGAACUUCAAUGCUGCGACAACCCUGCACAACUUCUGCGUCUGGCAGCAGAGCCAAAACGUCCAGGAUGACAGCCAUCCCUCUCACCACGAUACUGCGCUCCUCAUCACCAGGGAAGAUAUCUGCAGAGCAAAAGACAAAUGUGACACGUUAGGGCUGGCGGAGCUGGGGACCAUGUGUGACCCAUACCGGAGUUGCUCCAUCAGUGAGGAAAAUGGACUCAGCGCCUCUUUCACCAUUGCUCAUGAGCUUGGCCAUGUGUUCAACAUGCCUCAUGAUGACAACCCAAAGUGCCGGGAGGCCGGUAUGAAGCACCAGUAUCAUGUCAUGGCACCCACACUCAACUAUGACACCAGUCCGUGGUCCUGGUCCAAGUGCAGCCGCAAGUACAUCACCGAGUUUCUGGACACCGGCUAUGGAGAGUGCCUGCUGGACGAACCUAUAGGCAGGACGUAUGAGAUGCCCACCCUCCUCCCCGGUCAAAUCUACAAUGCCAACAGACAAUGUGAACUCAUGUUUGGUCCUGGUUCCCAAGUUUGCCCUUACAUGAAACAGUGCAAAAGGCUGUGGUGUACGAGUGCGGAGGGGGAUCAUAAAGGAUGUCGCACACAGCAUAUGCCACUGGCUGAUGGGACCGACUGUGGACAUGGAAUGUACUGCAGACGUGGGAUGUGUGUGAACAAGGAGUUGGACCUGCGCCCGGUCCAUGGGGAGUGGGGCCCCUGGGGGCCCUACAGCGUUUGCUCCAGGUCCUGCGGUGGAGGAACCCGGAGCACAACAAGAGACUGCAACAAGCCUGAGCCCAGAAAUGGUGGUAAAUUCUGCGUGGGUCGCAGGAUGAAGUUCCGCUCUUGCAACACUGAGCCAUGUCCACGGGGACGGAAAGAUUUCCGUGAAGAGCAGUGCUCUCAAUUUGACGGCAAGCACUUCAACAUCAAUGGUCUACCUCCCACCGUCCGCUGGGUCCCCAAGUACAGUGGCAUACUAAUGAAGGAUCGCUGUAAACUCUUCUGCCGGGUCGCUGGGACUAUGGUGUACUAUCAGCUGAAAGACCGCGUCAUCGACGGCACGCCGUGUGGACCAGACACUUACGACAUCUGUGUUCAAGGCCUCUGCCGGCAAGCCGGUUGUGACCAUGUGCUGAACUCGAAGGCCAGGAAUGACAAGUGCGGGGUGUGUGGUGGGGACAAUUCAUCUUGUAAGACUCUGGCAGGGACCUUCAACGAUGCUGAGUAUGGUUACAACACGGUGGUGCGGAUCCCAGCAGGAGCCACCAAUAUUGAUAUCAAACAGGUCAGCUACUCUGGAAAGCCAGAGGACGACAACUACCUCGCAUUAUCUGAUAGUCAGUCCAACUUCCUCCUGAAUGGUAACUUUGUGGUGGCCAUGUUCAAAAGGGAAAUCACCUUCAAGGGAACUGUCAUCGAGUACAGCGGCUCGGACACCAAAGAGGAGCGCAUCAACUGUACUGACCGCAUUGAGGAGGAGCUCAUUCUGCAGGUCUUAUGUGUGGGAAACCUGUACAACCCAGAUGUCCGUUACUCCUUCAACAUACCCAUCGAGGAGCACAGGGAACAGUUUGUGUGGGACCCCUCAGGCUCCUGGCUGGAGUGCAGCCGCAUUUGUCAAGGUGAGCGGAGGCGCAAAGGGGUGUGCGUGCGCAAAAGCGAUCACCUGGAGGUGUCAGACCAACGCUGUGAACAUUUACCUCGUCCUGCUGCAGUCACUGAGCCUUGCAACACUGACUGUGAACUCAGAUGGCAUGUAUCUGGAAAGAGUGAGUGUUCGGCCAAAUGCGGCCCUGGCUACCGCAGUCUGGAUGUCCAGUGUAUGAAGUACAGCUUACUGAAGAGGCAGAGUGAGAGGCUGGAGCCCAGGGCCUGUGCAGAGCUGCCCAAACCCCAAACCAGAGAGCCCUGCCAUGGGGACUGUCUGCUGAAGAGCUGGCAGUACAGUGCCUGGUCACAGUGCUCUAAGACAUGUGGUCGUGGGAGUCGCAGCAGAGAGUCAUACUGUAUGAACAACCUGGGCAGGCGGCUGGUGGACAGGGAAUGCAGUGACUACCAGAGGGUGGUCACUGAAUCCUGCAAUGAGCAGCCGUGUCCAAAAUGGUCUGCCAGCGAGUGGAGCGAGUGCCUGGUGACGUGUGGAAAGGGGAUGAGGCACCGGCAGGUGUCUUGUAGCAUGGGAGUGGGGGAAGAAAAGCUGAGUGAGCACCUCUGUGACCCGUCCAGCAAACCUGCUGCCGUGGGGAGCUGUGAGCUGCCCGAGUGUGCGUCUUGGCAGGUCGGCGUCUGGGGAGCGUGUGCAGUGACCUGUGGCCAUGGUUACCAGAUGCGGGCUGUGAGGUGUGUCUCAGGGGCCUAUGGUGACACGGUAGACGACAGGGAAUGCAAUGCUGCUGCAAGGCCCAGAGACAGCCAGGACUGUGAGAUGCCAGCAUGUCCGUGGGCCUCCCUGGCACACAGCACACCUCGUCCUGACACCUCCAGUCAGCUCUUCACUCAGUGGAGAUAUGGCUCCUGGACGACGUGCUCGGUAUCCUGUGGCAAGGGGAAACGGGCACGCUAUGUCAGCUGCAGAGAUGCCCAGGGAGGAGUCGCUGAUGAAUCAUACUGUGCCCACCUGCCCCGCCCUCCAGAGUCCUCCGCCUGCUUCAGCCCCUGUGGCCAGUGGCGCGCUGGGGAGUGGUCUCCUUGCUCAGUUACGUGUGGUGUGGGCCGAACCACCAGGCAGGUGGUGUGCAGUAAUUACCACCAGCCAGUGGACCAGUCUUUCUGUGACCCGGAUGAGAGGCCCACGACAGAACAGGAGUGUACAGCCGUGCCCUGUCCCUCCAUCUACCACCGCCAGCGGGUCAACGACCAGCCCUACGGAUACCCUCAGGACCCAGGCUUCCACCCUGGCCACAGCAGCUGGAACGUGCCCUCAGCAGACAACCAAUGGAGGACAGGACCCUGGGGCGCAUGUUCCAGCACAUGUGCAGGAGGCUUCCAGAGGCGAGUGGUGGUUUGUCAGGAUGCGGAUGGUCGCAGCAACAGCUACUGUGACGAGAGGGUGAAACCUGCUGAGUCUAAGAGCUGCGACUCAGGGCCUUGUCCCCUGUGGAACUAUGGUGUCUGGGGAGAGUGCACCCAGACCUGUGGAGGAGGGAGGAGGACCCGCCUGGUGGUGUGUCAGCGGCCCACCGGCCAAAGGCUCAAUGACCACAACUGCGACAUCCUGGACAAACCUCCGGACAUGGAGCAAUGCAACCUGCAGCCCUGCCCAGGCUCUGCCUCCUGGCACCGCCGACCAUGGAAGCCGUGUUCAGUCAGCUGUGGUCGGGGAACCAAGCAGCGGGAGAUAGCCUGUGUUUAUCAGAACCAAACCCAAAUAGAGGAAGAGCACUGCAGCCAUCUGUCACGGCCCCGGACACAGAAGGCCUGUCGGGCCAGAGGAUGCCCCAGUUGGAAGGCCAACAGGUGGAGGGAGUGCUCUGCCACCUGUGGAGUCGGAGUCCAGAACCGAGACGUGUACUGUAGGCUGAAGGGCACAGGACGGGUGCGAGAGGAGCUGUGCGAUGCUCGAACACGUCCCGCCAAUGUCCAACCGUGCCAAACUGCAGAAUGCACCCAUUACACUUGGAUUGCUGGUGAAUGGCAAGAAUGUAAUGCAACCUGUGGGGAAGGCACGCAAGCCAGGGAGGUGGGCUGUGUGGGCCCAGGGAUGACACCCGUCCAGAGGGACUACUGUGAGCCCUCAUCUCAGCCUCCCUCACAGCAGCCCUGCAGUGGAGCGCCAUGCUACUACAUGUGGAUGACAGGGGAAUGGUCACAGUGCUCUGCCAGCUGUGGUGUGGGCUACCAGCAGCGUAUAGUCUCCUGCUCAGUGAUGCCCUCCUCCCAGGCCUCGCGUCCAUAUGCUGCCCGGUCCUCUGCCAGCACCCACUGCCCUGAACCACACCCUCCUGGCACCCGCCAGUGCCUCCUCAGGGACUGCUCACACACAGCCUACUGGAAAGUUGGUCCGUGGAGCAAGUGCUCCCAGACAUGUGGUGCAGGGGUGAUGGAGCGCAGGGUUGAGUGUCUGACCUCAAAAGGCCAUCCGUCCAAACACUGCCGUCCAACAGACAGACCCGAGUCUCAAGCUGCAUGUCAAGAGAGAGAAUGCCAGUUGUUCACGUCCUGCCGAGAGGUCCAGAUGAGGCAGGGUGUGAGAAUGGAUGGGGAAUACUAUCUCAAAGUCAAGUCCCGCAUCCUACAGAUUUACUGUGCUGAGAUGCAGACUGAUUUCCCAAAGGAGUAUGUGACCUUGCGCAGCGGUCAGACAGAUAACUACUCCGAGGUGUAUGGAUACAGGUUGCUGAACCCUUUUGAAUGCCCGUAUAAUGGCAGCCGAAGACAGGACUGCGACUGUAGGAAUGACUACUCUGCAGCAGGAUACACGCUUUUCCACAAAGUUCGUCUGGACCUGGGCUCCCUGAGGAUAAUGACCACAGACCUCCAGUUUUCCCAGACCCUUCUUGGUCGACCUGUGCCCUUUGCUACAGCGGGAGACUGUUAUAGUGCAGCCAAGUGUCCACAGGGCCAGUUCAGCAUCAAUCUGAUUGGGACUGGUCUGAAAGUGGCUGAGGCCACCAAGUGGACGUCUCAGGGCAACUAUGUUUCAGUCAAAGUCCACAGAUCUGAGGAUGGAACAAGAAUUUACGGUCGCUGUGGUGGUUUCUGUGGGAAGUGCAUUCCCCAGGCUCACAACGGCCUGCUCGUCCAAGUCCAGUGAGGGCCGUGCAGGGACCAAAAAUCUAGAUCCAACCUGAUCACAGUAGUGACCCAGGAACAUGUGAUAAUGGUGAUUUCGUGGGACCCUGUGUACUUCAUCUGUGAAUGUGGACUAGGAACAUCUAAC